AUAUUUCCUAAGAUUAAGGCCUUAUUUGAAUUAACAGCUGACAGCUAUAUUGAUCUUUCAAGAUUUGAUAGAAAGUCCACUAACACAACCGAUUAUAAAAAAGUAUUGGAGCAUAUUUUAAAGGAUAUAGCUAUAAAGUAUAAGACCUGCAUUCAUAUCACUAUUGCAAACAAAGCAAUAAGACGUGAAUUUAUUUCUUCAGUUCUUCACAGCGUUACCUCUUACUAUAAUGGUGAAGUGAAAGUAUAUUCAGAAUAUAAGUUAUCUAGAAGUCAUGGUAAACAGCCAGUAGAUUGGAUUAUCAAGAUUGAAGAUACAAUUAUUAUUGUUACUGAGGUUAAAAGGGAAGAUAUUAACCAGGGUGUUAGCCAGAAUGCAAUUCAGUUACAAGCUUCAUCUUAG